AGCGGGAGGAUUUCCUCCUGUCAUUACGCACAGCGCGCACUUCAGGCGGGAGAUAAAACUUUGGCGAGGCGCGUUCACAGACCGUCUGUACAGUCUGUGGUUCUGCCUUUAGCUGUCUACUAUAGACCAGUGCGAAGACUACGCGAAAAACUGAUGGGAUCCUGACCGGUACAGGCACACAAAAGACAAAACUGAAAGCUUCAGUUAAAGAGAAGAGCAGAGAGAAGCGAUGGAGAUGGAGGCGAUCACGACAGAGCCAGACAGUGGAGAGGGAACAAGUGAACCCAAAGCCAAGACUGAAGAAGAAGCAGAGACAGACCUCUACUCCAAACUGAAUAGCCCUUCUGAGGACCUGUAUGCCGAAGCCAAGUAUCUCUCUGAUCCUUCAAAGAAAAAAAAAGUGGUGCAGGGUGCGUGGCUCUGGAAAGGAGGGUGUGUCUGCCUCGGCGCUCUCUGUCUGAUCUUGCUCCUCGUGGUCAUUGUACUGGCGCUGAAACGCCAACAAGAGCGUCCCUGUGAAGUGAAUAUACCAAAACCACCAUUCGUGAACAAGCCACCGUUUUCUCGCCAACUCUCUGUGAAUGGGACCACAUGUGUUACAGGUUGUCAGAGCUCUGUGUGUGAUGACGGCUGGUUGUACUCGAGUCGCUACUGUUUUCUGUUCUCGCCGGAGAGAAAAACAUGGGAGGACAGCCGCCAGUUCUGUGAGAAAAAGGGAGGGAUGCUGGCAGUGAUCACCAACCCGGACCUGCAGACUUUUCUGACUAAGAAUGCGGCGGUGCAGUACUGGAUCGGCCUGAGCUACAAGGAUGGGCGCUGGUCUUGGGUCAACGGUCAGGAUCUCGAAGGAAAUUUCUGGUUGGACUCUAACCCUGGAACAGGCAACUGUGCGAUGUUGUUUGGUGUUAGAAAUAAUAAAACUGAGAAUAACUGGGGCAAGAAUCUCUGCACACGCCCCAAGUACUGCAUCUGUCAAAAGCCAAUGAAGGACUAAUUUUAAAGCUAAAGGUCAAUACGCACUUUGAUAACUUUCUAUUUUUCUCAAAAUUAGUCAGGAAAGUCUAGGGAAGUGCUGUUAGAGAUUAGUGAUUCUAGUUAGCAGCAGGAGUAGCUUCAGCAGAAAAAGCAGCAGCAGCAGCAGCAGUAGUUGUAGUAGUAGUAGUAGUAGUAGUAGUAGUAGUAGUAGUAGUAGUAGUAGUAGUAGUAGUAAUAGUAGACCUAGUUUAAUCCUUGUUUUGGUUCUCAUUUGGAUUGGAUUAAAACCUUUAGGACCUGGCUCAGAACUGGUUUUACCUCAGUGUAGUCCUUGUUUAGACCUGCAGUCAUUUAUAGACAGUCCUUAUUGAUUUAAAUUUGCACAGUGUAACUUUUCUGGUGGAGGGUUUGCCAUUUGCUUGUGUCCACAGAGAAAGUGAAAGCCGAAAGUUCCACAAUAUGGCUUUAAACUUCUGCAUGUCAGUUGAGAGGGUGACUCCACCAAGCCAAAUUACAGGCAUUACAAAUUACAGGUAGAGAGGCGAGCCUGUCACAGUAAGUAUGCAUAGGUAACUUUAAUGCCAUAUUGUGGGGAAUUCCAGGCAAAGCAAUAACAUUUCCACAGAAACAAGAAGGUGACAGAACCUUCAGCAGAAAAGUUACAUAGUGCAUCUUUAAUGGUGAAACAUUAACAUUGUGUGUGUUGGAUUUUUUUUUUAACUUCAAACAGGUUUAAAGCAGAAGUAGUGGUGCCAAGUAAUGAGUUCAGCAGAAAUUGAUGGUGUAAUAUUUCAAAUGGAGGACAGGGAGGAACUGAUAGAUUUCUGUUUGAAAUGUGGUUAAGUUGCAUUGUAACUUGCCUACUUAUUAAAGUCUGUGUUUAAGAAUUUAUUAAUUUGAAACAACCAUUUUGAACUGCAUACUCAAAAUAGUUUAGGUUCAUGUGGAUAGGACCAGUAAUGACAAAGUUAAUGGGUAACACUCUAUUUUAGGGUAACAUCGAACUACCUGCUGAUUAACAUAGUUUUAGAUGGUUAAUUUGUCAUUAUUUAGCAGAGGUCAGACUUGAGUCACUAUUUUUAGGACUUGAGACUUGACUUGAUAAAAUUAACUAAGACUUGGGUCUUGACUUGGACUUGAAGCUCAGUGACUUGGGGCUUGACUCGGACUUGAGGCCUGUAACUUGAGCAGACUUGAUGCUUCUCCUAAAAAUAUAUGAAAAUAUUUUUCUCUUUACAGUUGAUAGAUACGGUGAUUUAUUUUACAGGAACAAACUGGAACAUGUCCGUCCCACUUUUUUAUUUGUUACUUUGGAUGGAACUGAAGUACUGUGAUACUUAAAAGUACUACAGUAAUAUAAAGUAAUAUACAGUACAACACAGUGAAACAGAGGGAAAUACAAAGAACAUGAUCCUUUAAUUUCAGUGCAGACACACAACAAAAUAACUGUUAUUAAACACUUUUAAAUCUGAAUUCUCAGAUCAAGACAAUUAAAAAGGAAAAAUGUCAAUUUCCAAAUCUUAUAUAAAUACUCAUAUAUAAUAUACACCAUGACUUUUUAAGUACAAUUUAGUUUAAAAUUCAUAUAAAUUGCAAAAAUUUAAGCUAUAUUUGGUAAUUUGGUUAAAAGAAAUGAAAUGACUUGAAGCUCAAAGCAGGCGACUUGGACUUGACUUGGACUUAUGGGCCAGUGACUCGAGACUCCACUUGGACUUGCCUGUCUUCAACUUGGAACUUGAGUCGGACUUGAGGUAAAAGAUUUGAGACUUACUUGAGACUUGCAAAACAACGAUCUGGUCCCACCUCUGUCAAUUAGUAUUAUUCAGUCUUUAUUAAUGUCUAAUUCCCCAUAAACUUAUUCUGCUAUUAGUUAUUAGUUAGGUGCUAUUAGUUGCAAUUUGUUUGACAUUUACAAACACUUUCCUAUUAAUACACUCCUUAUUACUGCUUAUUAAUUAUUGGUAUGAUACUAGAUCAUUUUUGUCCAUGAAUUAUGAUUCUAAUAAGCUUUUGGUAAUAAGCGUGUUCUUAAGGACUAGUAGCACAAGAAAUGUAGUUUUUACUUAUUUGCACUUAAUAAAUUUGGCUUAGUCUUCUGUAAUAAAACACUCUCUGUUAGGUGAACUAUGAAUCACACAUCAAACACGUCAUAAUACAUGAAUUAAGUGUGAAGAAGAAACCACUUUAGAAUAGGGACCAUAUUUCAUUUGUCUCAAACUAGUCAUUUAUUAGCUACGAUCAAAACAUCACUUUAGAAUGGGGAACAUAUUGAGAGCUUCAUGACUUAAUUCAUGGCUAGUUAAAGUCUAUUAACACCUAACAGAGUGUGUACCCUAAAAUAAAGUGUUACCAUUAAAGUUAUGGAUGGAGAUAUUGACUAUAAAAAGGUCAAAACAUCUGCAGUUUAAAUCUUUAGCAACAAGCUCCACAGAAUUCCUACCUGUCCUCUACGUUAAAUAAAAUGUAACCUGUGUAUACUGUAUAUUUGUAUUACAAUGCAGCUUUGUUCAUUUUUACAUUUGCUUUUAUUUGAAUAGAAACCUGCCGUUUAUAAAACCACUGAGCUUACUGUAUCCGCAAAGAUUCACACGUUUGUAUCAAGAGUUUUAUUCUUAAAUAAAAAGUCCAUGACACCAA